UAUACACCGUACCUCAACUUAACAGAGUAACAAUGUCGGUUAAACUGAUAUAUCCAACAUAAAGAAAUGAGCGCACUGCGAUUGUAUUAUGGAAAGUCAUGACACCAUAGAAGGAACGAGCACGAUAUCUGCACUAAAGACUACUGUCACACCGCUUUAUAUAAAUAGCCACCGAAAGCUUUACAUUAACAUUUGUGGUCAAAAGUUUGAGUUGCUACGAGAUACGAUACUAAAGUAUCCUUCUACGAGACUUGGAAAAAUUGUUUUGGGAAAGAGAUUGUCAUGCUCAAAAGGUGUUGCAUCAAGCACACUUUACGAUGGGUACGAUAAAAUUAAAAACGAGUUGUAUUUCGAGCGGGACCCAUCUUGUUUCCAUUUAGUUAUCGCAUAUUAUGUCACAGGGCUACUUCAUGUACCCCGACAUGUUUGCAUCGAAAUGUUUCAGUAUGAAAUCGAAUAUUGGGGCAUUCCCUUCAACCUGGAAAGCUGUUGCCAAGCCUACCACCAACAAGAAUGGGACGUAGUUGAAACUAUGAAGAAAACAAACAAAUUAUUCGAAGAACGAGCUAAAAAAGCUACCUUGGAUGAAUGCUUGGGAUCGUCAAUAAAUUUACGGCCUGAAAGUCGUUGGAGUGUGUGGAAACGUAAAACAUGGGAUUUGUUCGAAAACCACGACUCAUCAAAAGCUGCAACUGUUGUGUCUUUUAUCUCAUCCUUCAUGGUCAUAAUCUCUACGAUAACACUUUGUGUGAACACGCACCCGGACGUUCAAGUAACACUGUCCGAUGGUACGAAAACGGAUAACCCGAAUCUCCUAAUUAUCGAGAUCAUUUGCAUCUUUUGGUUCACACUGGAAUAUCUAUCUCGAGCCAUAGCAUGUCCGAACAAAAAGCAAUUUCUUAAGUCUGUUUUAAAUGCCAUCGACUUGUUAGCAAUUAUGCCAUUCUAUAUCGGAAUUAUAAUCGAAACUUUGCAUGGAGGUGUCGACGAAAAUUUUACUGACGUACGUCGAUUUGUGCAGGCGUUACGAAUCUUCCGUAUCGUUCGUAUUUUUAAAGUAGCACGCCACUCGACCGGCUUGCAAGUGCUCGGUUACACCGUUAAAAAUAGCAGCUCGGAACUAGGACUUUUAUUUAUGUUACUAAUUAUGGGUAUGACGUUAUUUUCCUGUCUUGUGUAUUACGCAGAACAAGAUGAAAAAGAUACAAAAUUCGAAAGUAUCAUUGCAGCGUUUUGGUGGGCUAUCAUCACCAUGACAACAGUUGGUUAUGGCGACAUGUAUCCGAAAACGCCGUUAGGUCAAAUAAUCGGCAGUAUGUGUUGCGUGUCGGGAAUUAUAUUCAUAGCGUUACCUAUUCCGACGAUCGUUAGCAAUUUUUCGGCGUUUUAUAAAGAUCAUAUGAACAAGGAAAAGUUAAGCAAACUCUAUACAAUGGCCGACGAUGAUGUUGAAUCGGAAAAUGGGAGUGAUGUUAUCAUAAAGGAUUCUAAGGAUUCGCUUUUUCAUGUAAACACAAUCCCGCAACCGAAGCUCAGCAUGGCUCAAUUAGAACGACAUGGACACUACCGACGCCGUAUGUCACGCCUUAGCACUGUCGGAGCUUUACCAGAAGAAACCGUGUAAUUGUAGUUCCUAAAAAUAUUUUCGAUUAAUUAUAUUGGUUUUUUUUGGGUCUGCCCGUCCUUUUUAUACCACAUUGCGUACGUCUCGCUACUUGAGGUACCAUUUUGCGUAACAGACAAACGUAUACGGGUAUUAUAAUAUAGACUAGUCGUUGCCCGUGGAAAAAUCCACGG